CUGACUGCUAUUAUUCAGCAAUUCUAAAUGUCACCGAACUGAACCAAUCCACAUUAGCUGAAAGCGAGACAUUUGCGAAUUUCUUGUGUAGUUCCGCUGGUUGUAAAUCUAUAUUUUCUUUUCAACGAGAAAAAAUUGAAGUUUCAAGAUAAUAUAUCGUUUUGCAGAAACUUGUGUCUUUUGCAUUACUGUCAGUGAAAAUACCUAAAAGAUGCCUUCCAGCGAUCCUUUGCCACCGAAAGAGAGUGCUCUGUUUCGUAAAAUUCUAAAAUGCUAUGAGAUGAAACAAUACAAAAAUGGUUUGAAACUGGCGAAGCAGAUUUUAACGAAUCCGAAGUUCACCGAACAUGGCGAAACACUUGCAAUGAAAGGUUUAACGCUGAAUUGUCUUGGUCGAAAAGAUGAAGCUUACGACUACGUACGGCGCGGUUUGCGCAACGAUCUCAAGUCGCACGUUUGCUGGCAUGUUUACGGUCUACUACAGCGUUCGGAUAAAAAAUAUGAGGAAGCCAUUAAGUGCUAUAGAAACGCACUCAAAUGGGAAAAGGACAACAUACAAAUUCUACGCGAUUUGUCACUGUUGCAGAUACAGAUGCGUGAUCUUGAAGGCUACCGAGAAACUCGUCAUCAAUUGUUUAAAUUGCGUCCUUCGCAGCACGCUUCGUGGAUUGGGUUUGCUAUGAGUUACCACCUGCUUGGUGAUUACGACACAGCAAACAACAUUCUUGAAACAUUUCGGGCAUCGCAGUCAGUGGAAAAUUAUGAUUACAAGCACAGUGAGUUGUUGCUGUACCAGAACCAGGUAAUUCGGGAAUCCGGCAAUUACGAGAAGGCUCUUCAGCAUCUCAAGAAAUACCAAUCGCAAAUCCUUGAUACGCUUGCCGUUAGAGAAGCAGUUGGUGAACUGUGCCUUAAACUAGAUCGCCAUGAGGAAGCAACCACGAUCUAUCAUGAAUUGAUCAAGCGUAAUCCAGAAAACAUUGCAUACUAUCAGCAAUAUCUAAAAGCAUUGAAACUUUGCGAGCAAAAGGAAAUUAUAGAAGCAUACGAGCAGAUACAAGUAGAAUACCCGCAAUCUUUCUGCGCCAAGCGUUUACCUUUGGAUGUAGCUCAAGGGGAUGAGUUUCGUGCACUUGUCGAUGAACACCUUCGUCGUAAUAUUCGAAAGGGAGUUCCUCCACUAUUUGUCAAUCUGACUUCGCUCUAUAAAGACAAACAAAAGGUUCAUGUCAUCACAAAAUUGGUUGAAGGCUACUAUCAGAAUCUAACAAGCAGUGGUUAUUUUUCCACGACAGAUAAAGAACAACGCCUUCCAAAAGAGCCAGCAUCUGCACUACUUUGGACUCUAUACUACCUAGCACAACAUUACGACUAUUUAAGAGAAUCAGAAAAGGCGCUAGAUUUUAUCAACGCUGCUAUUGAGCACACUCCAACUCUAAUUGAGCUUUUCGUCACUAAGGCCCGAAUCUAUAAACACGCUGGCGAUGUUUUAGAAGCAGUCAAAUGGAUGGACGAAGCACAGAGCUUGGAUACAGCUGAUCGCUAUAUCAAUUCAAAAUGCGCCAAAUACAUGCUACGUGCCAAUCAGAUCAAAGAAGCCGAAGAUAUUUGCGCAAAGUUUACGCGCGAAGGUGUUUCAGCAAUGGAAAAUCUCAAUGAAAUGCAAUGCAUGUGGUUUCAAACUGAGUGCGCACUUGCUUACCAGCGUCUGGAAAAGUGGGGAGAAGCUUUGAAAAAAUGUCACGAAGUCGAUCGUCACUUUUCUGAAAUUAUAGAAGACCAGUUCGAUUUCCACACUUAUUGUAUGCGGAAAAUGACUCUACGUUCGUAUGUAGGACUACUUCGUUUAGAAGAUGUGUUGCGAAGGCAUCCUUUUUACUUCAAGGCUGCGAAAUGUGCUAUAGAGGUUUACGUACGUUUAUUUGACAAACCAUUACCAGCAGAAUCGACAGAAGAAGAACUAGAUAUUGAGAAUUUGCCGCCAUCUGAACUGAAGAAGUUACGCAACAAACAACGUAAGGCUGCAAAAAAGAAGGCAGAGCAGGAAAUUGCACAGGCGUCGCAAGCAAAUCAGAAAAAAGAACAGCACAACAAACAACGUAACGCUAACCAGGAUGGUGACCCAGAAGCCCCUCAACUGGACGAGUUAAUACCUGAUAAGUUGGCACGACCAGAAGAUCCUCUUGAAAAAGCAAUUGAAUUUUUAAGACCACUACAAAUACUCGCCAAAGACAACAUCGAAACACAUUUGAUGGCUUUCGAGAUUUACUCGCGCAAGUGCAAGUUGCUUUUAAUGUUGCAGUCGUUAAAACGAGCUCGCGCUAUUGAUGCUACCAAUCCAACGUUACAUAACUGUAUUAUCAGGUUUUUUAAAAUUCUCGAAUGCCGAAUUGCGGCCAACGAAAUCGAAGAAAGUGUUAAACUAGUUAUCGAACGGGAACGCUCCCAAUUGUUUCGUGGGACCAAUACUGCCAUUAAACUGAAUGAUACUUAUAUGGCGUUAAAUCAAAACAACCCUGAUGCACUGUACGAAGUAACUAAAAUCAUGUAUCAGCUAGAUGAAUCAAGACGAGAUGAGGCAGUAAAACUUCUAACAUCGGUCGAUUUAAACAACGUUACGUUAGAGAACGCAACAAAGCUGUUUCUACUAAUACAAUCUGGGUUCUUUUGUGGCGCAUCCGAAGAGCAACUAAACGCCUUCAAGAAAAAUUGCCAGAGACGGUUUCCGUUAGCCAUUAUAUUUGCAGAUAUAGCAACAUCGGUUACCACUCUCACCACAACCCAGUCGCCAUUACCUGCCGCUUCGGAAACGAUGACUACAAACGCGACCGGUAUAACCAUGUGUCCGGUCGAGCAACAAACCAAGACCGCAUCGCAACAAAACACAGGAAACGAAAUUAAAGCAAACUAACUGAAACUAUGCCAGCUCCAAAUAGAUUAGUCGGUUUUUACUUUAGUUCAAAUCCAUCGGAAUAGUGUGAAAUGCAAUUUUGUCACUAACUAAAUCUGUUUUAGUUCUAUGCGGAACUAAAUUCCCAAAACAAAGAAUACGUUUGAAACCCAUACCAUUCGUGAAAAUCACUGUUGAGAUUCGAAUCUACGUUCAAAUUAUUUCGCUUUCUGAGUGAAUGUUCUGAGAGUUAAAGCAACCCGUUUUCUGUAGAAUACCGGUAAUAAGAUUAACAUUCAAAUCUCAUUCAUAUUAUGAUAUACCUCAUCUCCCCAGAUAUUGCAAAGGUAAAUCAAAAAUGUAAUGUUUGAAUGAUUUCGGAAAUGUUGAAAGGAAUUAUCUUUGAUCAUACUUUUAAUUUAAUGGGUUUAAAACCAUAAAAAGCUGCUAGCCACUGUAAGUCGUCAUUUUCUUUCAGAACUGCAAAUAGCUUCGAUAAAACAAAUUCCGGAAAGUUUACCCACGAUUACAAAAGUGCUUGUAAUACGAAUCAGACGUGUGUAAGUAAAGAGGUACAAUUAAAAAGGAGCUUAAGAAACUAGAA